AUGGAAUGGCUUGUCGUCCUCGUGACAGGUGUCAUUGCUCUCAUUGUGUUCCAUGUUCCAUAUCCUCAAACCUUGUACUUUCGUUUGGAUGAUCCACGUAUUGGUUAUCCCAAUUUGGGAGUUCAGACAAUUCCAUUUAAUUUGAUUGUGAUUGUGUUUGUGGUGAGUGUGCCGAUUGGAUCCUUGUUGGUGUUUCAGUUGGUGUUUAUAAGGAAUAUUCAUGAUUUGCAUCACAUGUUAUUGGGAUAUAUUCAGUCCUUGUGUUUCAGCAUGUUAUUCAUGAUGUUCUUUUGGUUCUUCUAUCCCGAUUACCGACCAAGUUUUCUCUCCGAAUGCAAUCCUAUUCCGUCUCGAGUUCAAGCUCUUCACAAACAACGAGCCAAUCCAUUCAAUUCCAUUACCUAUUAUUUACCUCAAGAGAUUUGUUCACAUCCGGAAAGAUAUUUAGGCAUGAAAGUGAAUAUCACUCCAGCUUUCCCGAGUGGACAUGCUUCGAAUUUGUUUGCUGUAUGGAUUUAUGUCUUGUUGUACUUGUUUGCGAAAACAAAGGCUGUAAGUGUUGAAAGUGCGGUUUGUGUUUGA